AUGAAUGGGUGUCGAGGAGUGUAUGCUAUUGCUCGAUCUUUGUCAAGUUGUAUUGAAGAAAGUGGCCAGGUUUCAGCAGAGAAUAAUGCUCGCAUAGGAAGUAGGAAACUACAGACAACGUCAAUUUUCUCAAACCAAGGCUUGUCUCGGAGAGCGCAGGCCCGAAGCAAAACGCAAAAAGCGACCAACAACACUGGUGCAAACGAAACAAGCACUACAAGCCCUUAUGAUAACGCAACUCAGAGUGGUAGAAAAGUAGCAGAGGAUUUAGGGCGAACAACACGUACCGCUUCGGCAGAAAAGUCGCAUACAUUGAACGGAAAGAGCACGAGUACCAAUGCCGAGCCUUCAUCAGCGUCGAGUGCAAAUCCGAAAAGCAAAGCUAACGAUGCUCCUCUACAAUAUCAGAAUAGCCCAUCUUCUUGGACAGACACCUCCUUUCUAUCCCCAUACCUAAGAAAGCAUCCUGGGUUAUACAACUCUGCUAAAUUUUUAUAUGACGGUCUGGGACUCUAUUCUAAGCAAGGAGAUAGUGUUCGGUUAGGCAAGAAGGUCUAUUUAGACUGCUGUGACCAAGACAUUAUUGAGGAAAAGUGGAUAUACGAAGGCGAUUGGGAGCUGGCUGGUGCCAUUUGGAGGAACAUAUUCGACGCGAAAGGGUGGGACUUGGGUGGCAAAACGGAUGAAGCUGGAAACACCGUUGACCCUCAGUCGGCCUCACAUCCGUUGAAAGACACCCCUGUCACCCAGACGAUGGACGACAAAGCCAAUAAUGCUACAACUGGACAAGGAUCUACUCUGACUGAGAUCCCUUAUCACGUUUACUAUUUCGUGGCCUAUCUUCGACGGGAACUCAAAAGGCUUGAAGCCAUCCCGGAUGAAGAAAUCAUCCAGGCGGGUUCGAUUGGUAUAUGGGGUCGGAUGGAUGGGCUAGGGUCUGGUGAUGAGAUCCUAGAGACAAGGCUGACGCCAAAGGAGCUCGAGUCAUGGGAAAAGAUGAGCGAGGAAGCUGGAACAUACCGAUAG